AUGAAUAAUAAAUAAAUUGUUGAUAUUUUAUUUGACGAAAUCGAUUCUACAUAAACUUAUGCCAUUUAACAAUAUAGUACACUUUUUAAAGACUAAAUAACUGCAAUAAGGGCAUUAUUUUAGACUAAUGGAAGAGGCUAAUAUAAUAGAAAAUGGGAAAGCUAAUCAAAAAGAAACAUAUUAUGCACCAUAAUAUUUCCUUUUUUUAAGAAUUUUCAAUCUAUAAAUACUAUUCCUCUUAUUGUUGCCCACUCUAUAUUGCAGGUUUAUAAUAAUUUAUAUGAUUUGAAUGGACAUAUCAAAUGGUUUAAUGAUAUUUAUUUUUUUGAUAAGAAAUAAGCUGGAAUAUUGGUUUAAUCAGAAAUAACAGGUUAAGAUGUUGUAAUAUUUAUUGGAGUAGGUAUCAAUAUUGAUUGGAAUAUUGAAAAUGGAAUAAAUAUAGAAAAGAUUCUCAAUAAAUAAAUUAAUGUUUAAGAAUUAUAUGAUUAAUUGAAAGAAAAAAUUGUGCAAAAUUUAUUUUUACUUAAUGAACAUGGAUUUAAAGUAUUUUAGAAUCAUAUUAAUUAAUAACUUUAUAAGAAAGGUGAAAAGUGUGUGUUUAUAAAUUAAGAGUCAAAAUUUGUUUGUGAAGGUACAUUAGAAGAAAUUAAUUCAGAUGGGAUGCUCAUCAUUAGAGAAGCUAAUGGAUUAAAUAGAGUAGUAGAUAUUAAUUUAAAAAUGAUGGUAUGA